AUGACAGAAGCCAAAAUGAGUCUACCGGCGUUCUCCCCUAAGCCGCAUAAUACUUGGAUUAAGGUUUCGGUCCACACGGCCAAAUGUGACAUCUGUCACAAGCAUAAUACCAAGGUUGUUCAGAGAUGCGGUCUGUGCAAUAUUCAGUUCUGCGUUCUGUGCAUUGGGCAAUGUGGGGGUACCAAUCAUGAAGCCGAUGCUGCUUCAUUAGAUUGGAAUCCGGACCCAUCCUCUGCGGCUGCACCAAGCGCUCGACGAAGCAAACCCAAGAAACCCAGAGUUCCUCGGACCCCUAGAACUCCUCUUGGCCAACGCACACCAAAUAAGGAUAGCCCAAUCACUUCGAACGGUAAUCCAUCAAAGAUCAGCAAGAGCCAGAGCAAGCCUACUCCGAGAUCAUCUAGAGUCCAAGGAAGCAACCUUCAAGAUUUCGACCAGUUGAAUGAUUCUCCCACGCCCCAUCCUAGAGCUCGGCCAAGUCAGACCCAAACCUUCCAACAGCAGCCAAGCUAUUAUGGAGAGGAGGGUGAUGAUGAUGAGGAAGAGAUGCACUACGCUCGGACCACCGCCUCCUAUAGUGAAGAAGAGGAAGAAGAGCCUUCCUAUCACCAAAGACCUAGAGUUUCUGCCGAACCAGCAGCUCCUGCCCCGACUCAAUCACCUUCUUAUCGCAUCAGAAAGAGACCAGGAACUGAGAAGAAGACACCAGUGAAGGGAAGAAACCCAUUUCCGUACGAGUCUGAGCGUCAAGUCCCAGAGAGUCGUGUUCUUUAUUCAGAGAAUGGUUACGACCAAACCACGCACGAUGACAUGCAUGAGGAGCAACUUAGACCACGUCACAUGGAUGACCGCCAGUAUGACGACCGCCCACUUGAUUAUGGACCUCAAACCCCGUCCCGACAAAUGACUCAAAGUACUCCUCGUUCUAGAGAGUAUAUGAGCUCCCAGGAAGCACUUACCACCGGUAGUCGCGCAACCCCAACUCGCCCUGGACAAACUGCGGAGUUUGAGGAUACGAGAUACUCAUCCAGACCCGACCACGAGGCGAGCAGUCUGGAAGGAAACCGACUGACAGAACGCGAGCGCCGUCCCCGUCGAAGAGUCAGCAACACCGCUCGCGCUCGCCCCCGAGCACCAAGUCCCUCACUCGUUCGACAAAUGCAAGUGGACGAAUACCGACGAACGUUUGGUCAGAUCCCUGAGAUGGCGGAGGUCCUCGCACGCGGAGAUCUUGCGGAAAUUGAGGAGGUUGUUGAAGUUGCCAAGGCUUUGAUGCGGGACGCGAAUGGCGGAAACUGA